GUAUCUUACCCUUUCUUCCCCAAAUAUUUGUCUCUUUGUCUUUCAUUCUCCCAACCUUCACGAUAGCUGGCCUUGAGAUAUGAAGGGAAAUAUUUAACUAUUUACAAAAAUGUCUUCAUUCGCUGGCGAUUGUGAACAACCAGGUCAUCCAGGUGACAUUACUCAGAAAGAGGCUGAUGCGGGCAUUCUUCCUUCUCAUGGUGUGUGAAACUUUUCAAUUGUCCACCAUAACCACAAGAAAUUCCUCAAAGUGUGAGCUAAAUCAACAAAUACAUAGGCAUUUCACUUGAUAUACCAGGUGGACUAGUUGAUGGUCGCCCGCCUAUGGUACAAUAUCUGUAAAUGAUCCCAAAAAUACCCCUCCUUUUCUUUAUCUCCCGCUAAUUGAUCUUCGAGGUCCGCCCCCGCAUAUCAAAGCCCUCUCCGACAUCACCGUCGCAGUGCUUCUGUGCACCGAGAAGUAAAGGUUCGCUAGAAAUCGCUAUCCGCAGUAGAUAUAUACUGAUUGCAUAAAGGAAACGCUUGAUGCAAGAUCCGAGUACAUGAACAAUGAACAAGAUGGCAGGGCUGAACAUCACAUUAACCAAUAUAUUAUUAAGGACGAAAUUGGGAGAGGAUCUUUUGGAGCUGUUCAUUUAGCUGUGGAUCAGUAUGGAAGCGAAUUUGUAAGGGCUUCUGUCCUAAGCCAUUGACUAUUGGUUUAAUAUUGGGUACAUAGGCAGUCAAAGAGUUCUCAAAAUCAAGGUUACGGAAAAGAGCUCAAUCGAAUAUCCUUCGAAGACCGCAUUAUGUGAGGCGACCAGGACAUCUCGCAGCGGGAAGCGGACUCAACUCUCCUCUGCAUCGCCACUCGGCCUCUGACAUUCACAUCGGUGAACAACAAGGGAAUCCUUUGUAUUUGAUAAAAGAGGAGAUCGCCAUCAUGAAGAAAUUGAAUCACCCAAACCUUGUCAGUUUGAUAGAGGUGUUGGAUGACCCGGAGGAAGAUUCACUUUACAUGGUUCUGGAGAUGUGUAAGAAAGGAGUCGUUAUGAAGGUCGGGCUUGGAGAAAAAGCAGAUCCAUAUGACAUUGAAAGUUGCAGAUGCUGGUUUAGAGAUCUAAUACUUGGCAUUGAAUAUCGUGGGUACUUUUAGGAUUUCUGUAUUAACUUAGGCUGACAUCAUGGAGUUCAUGCUCAAGGCGUCGUGCACCGGGACAUCAAGCCAGAUAAUUUACUUUUGACCGAGGACGAUGUGCUGAAAGUUGUGGAUUUUGGAGUUUCGGAGAUGUUCGAGAAAGCUUCAGACAUGAUGACGGCCAAAUCUACAGGAUCUCCGGCUUUCCUGCCGCCGGAGUUAUGUAUCACGAAGCAUGGUGAUGUCUCCGGAAGAGCGGCUGAUAUCUGGUCCAUGGGAGUCUCCCUAUAUUGUCUGCGCUUCGGUCAUAUACCUUUCGAGAAAACCGGAGUUCUUGAAUUGUACGAAGCAAUCAAGAACGAUGAACUUGAAUACGAGCCAAAUAUUGACCCUCAUUUUCUCGAUUUAAUGAGAAAACUUCUCGAGAAAGAUCCUAAAAAACGAAUCACCAUGGACGAAAUCCGUGUAUGCUUCCCCUAAAUUUUUUAUAUCCGAAAUUGGCUGACACCUAGCAGGAGCACCCUUGGGUAACCAAUAAUGGAAGCGAUCCCUUGCUAUCAAAGGAGGACAAUAUAGCAACCUUAGUUGAGCCGCCAAGUGAAACUGAGGUCAAUCAUGCAAUAACCACUAAAAUGAGAGGGCUUCUCGUAGUUAUGAAAGCCGUGAAGAAAUUCAAGGCAAAGUUAGAGCAGAGAAGACCUCAUGCCAUAUCCGAGACUUUAGGCAAAGGUAUUCGUGUUCUGCAUCCGUCAUUGGGGAUGGGCGAGCAAAAUGAAUCGGCGCUUCAUAGGUCUAAAAGCUCAGAUCUUGAGGAUAGACGCAUAAUCGAGGGGGCGCUUGCUGCUGAGGGUGUCCACCAUGAUGGCACAUAUCCGUCAGCUGAUGGUACCCGAACUAUAGCAAGUCGGAUGGACUCUUCUAGUACGAUUGUAGCGGAUGAGGAGCCUAUAGGCAAAAUAUACUCACAUCAGAAGAUUGAAAAAUCUGAUUCAUCUGAUUCAAUAGCAAGACAUCUGGGUCUUCGGGAACAGCACUCUGGUGACAAGGGACAUGCUCAUGAUCCUUUGGAUGAACAGCCUCUAUAUUUAGGAAUUGGAGCGGGGGUUAGUGGGAACGAUUCUCUGGACGCGCCAGCUGAAGAAUUGAUUGCUGAGUCUCCGACAGCAGCAGAGUUCAGCAUUUAUGACACCGCUUACCAACAAGAGGUCGAACGGAUUCGUGCUGCCAAAGGACAGGCCACCACAGUCUAUUUGACCCGACGAGUAGAUCAUAAGAAGGAAUAUAAAGCGGAUCGCUACAUGAUCAAUCUUCCAAAUCAUGCAGAAAUGAAAGGCCGGAUCCAAGAAGGAUGGAAAGGCCUCGUGGAUCGCGCCCAGGAAAGCAAGAAUGAACUUUCCCUCCAUGAGAAACUCACUGAGGGUCAUCAAGCAUUCUCGGACCUUGUUUCCAAGGCGGUGGAGAAUACAAGAAAUAUGGGAAGAGAUAUCAGUGAGAGGGGUGGGACUACAUUUGAAAGUGUAGUGCAUGGAGCCAUGGAAAAGCGAAAGGAGAAAGUUGAGGAGCAGGAGAAAGAUGAAGGAAAGAAACCGUGAUAGAAAUGGCCCAGUGACAGCAUUGAUGCAGCAGGCGUUUCACUUCCGCGAUGACUUGGCAGCCUGCAUUGAUUGAACGAUUCUUGAAUACCAUAAUUACUGCAACGUAAGAUAGCUGUUUUUAUUGUAGCUACCUAGCUAUGGACUUGCAUAUUGCAUUGGGCUUCUCAAACAGUUAGUUUAUAAGCCUUCCGAUGCGUUUGCUCGGUCAUGCACAUAUCAAACUAUAUAUCUAGUAUA